AUUUCCCAAAAUCUUUUUCUCUGAUUUUCCAUAUUUCAUUUUUCUCAGAUAUUCACUAAACAUAAACAUUGUUUCAAAACUUGCUUUCAUUUUAUAUACCUGUCUACACACACACACACACACACAUAUUUUAUAUAUAUACAUACAGAAAUGCAUGAACUGUGAAGGGUUUAUGUUUGUCAUUCACAUAUAAAGAAAAUCAAACCAAAUAAUUUUUAAUUUUUUUUUUUUAAUUUCGUCGUCAGCCAAUCAAAGGAUUUUCCAAGAAUGGAUCUGAUUUCGUCGUUGACGAUUGUGAUGCUAUUGGGCAGCACCCUUUUUGUAUCACCGGCAUGUGGCUAUGAUCCUUUGGAUCCUAAUGGAAACAUCACAAUCCGAUGGGAUGUCUUGCAAAAACCAGCCGACGCUCAUCACGAUGUACGGUUAUCGAUAGUAAACUACCAACUAUUCCGCCACAUAGAUUUUCCCGGUUGGAAACUAAGCUGGACGUGGCGAAACGAAGAGGUUAUAUGGUCUAUAACCGGUGCAGAGACAACCGAACAAGGAGAUUGUUCUAAAUUCACAGGAGGCAGUCUCCCACAUUGUUGCGAAAAGAAGCCCGUAAUAAUCGACCUUUUGCCUAACGCCCCGUUUAACAAACAAGUCUCCAAUUGUUGCAGAAGCGGAAUUCUCUCAUCCAUGCUGCAAGAUUCUGUCAAUUACAUCUCGGCUUUUCAGAUGAAUAUUGGAAGCGCCGAUACUAAUUUGAACAUUUCUUUGCCGACAAAUUUCACCCUCGGAGUCCCGGGAUAUACUUGUGGAGACCCUUUUAGGGUCCCACCGACUAAGUUUCCCGAAGACCAUGGUCGUAGAAGUACACAAGCAUUUGCGACGUGGAAUGUGACAUGCUCGUAUUCGCAGUACAAGGCUUCGUCGGUUCCAACGUGUUGUGUUUCUUUGUCCGCUUUUUACAAUAGCACAAUUGUUGACUGCCCGAAAUGUAGUUGUGCUUGCCAAGGACAAACCGGGGCCAAAUGCGUAAAGCCCGGAGAAUCGCCACCUGUACUUCAUCUAGGACAUAACGGAGUACCAAAGCCCGUGGUGGAUUGUAGUAGCCACAUGUGCCCGAUAAAAGUCCACUGGCACGUAAAGCAGAGCUACACACAGUACUGGAGAGUCAAAAUCACGGUGACGAAUCUAAAUCACGCGAGGAACUACAGCCAGUGGGACCUGGUCGUCUUACACCCUAAUCUCGAUAACAUAACCCAAGUCUUCAGUUUCAACUAUAAGCCUCUCAACAUUUAUGGCAACAUAAAUGACACGGGGGUUUUCUAUGGGAUUAAGUACUACAACGACAUGCUUUUGCAAUCGGGGGAGAAUGGGAAUGUGCAGUCAGAAUUACUGAUGCAGAAAGACAGCGGGACGAAAUUCAGUUUUAACGGAGGAUGGGGUUUUCCUAGGAAGAUCUCGUUUAACGGUGAUGAAUGUGUGAUGCCUCAACCGGAUGAUUAUCCGAGGUCACCAAAUAAAGCGCAUUUUAAUGCGCAGACAACUUUUUUCUCGUCUUCUUUGGUUCUUUUGGUGUCGUUAAUGUUGAUGAAUGUGUUGUCUUGAACGUUUUCGAGCAAAAUAUUACGUAGCGGAUGAUUUUUCAAUUUUUUUAAAUGGAUAAUGAGAUUAUUAUUAUUUAUUGAUUUGUAUUCAAAGGAUUAAUUGAAAAUAAGGAACUGUGUACUUAUGUUUCUUGUUACAAUCAUAUUUUGAUAAUAAAGUUUAAACAUUAUAU